GAAAUUGUAAAUUUGAAAUUUUAUAACAAUUUAUUUAACAAGAAAAACAAUAACAACAAAUUGUUGUGGUGCCGUUUUUAACGACUAUCAAAUGGUGUCGGUGUCAAGCGCGGCCUAGAAAACAAAAACCAGCGAAACACUUGCCCCCGCCCCCGGCCGUGUCUUACCUAUAAAAAAUAAACCAUAUUCAGACAGAAUUCCAAGCACGUUUAACGCAGGCUGCAGAAUUACGCAAAAUAAACCCAACGAGCAACAACAACAAACAGCUGACGUUCAUUGAACGCCCAAAGUUGAGCGUAAAUGCACACAGUGACUGCCAAAUGUAAGUGCACCACAGACAGCAGCAGUUGGAGCUGAACUUGAAAGUGAAAGUGAAAUUUGCCCCAGACAAAAGCAGGCGGCAGCUCAAGCGCUUAUAGAUAGAGAUACAUAGACACAGAGAGGCAGAUACAAAUACAGUAACAGAGACAGAUACAUUUACAAAUACAGAUACAAUUGUUGCUGCCGAUAGAAAUUGGAGCUUUGAGCGAUAAUACAAUUUUUCAGCAGCUUUUGCUGGAGUGCCCAGUGCUCAGAGCAUCAGCCAACGUUCCAGGAUGAGCGAACAGGAUCAGGCUACAUCCAGCCGCAGGCCCAGCAGCUACGAGGUCAAGGUGCCGCAGGGACACACCUUUGUUGUCAGCCCCGUGGUGGCCAGCCCCAUACUGACAGCGGUGCCCGUUAUGAAGCCCGCGACGCCGCCAACGACUCAGCUGGCGGAGGAGGCGGAGCUGGAGGAGCAGCCUUGCUGCAGCUCACAGGCUGUGGUGCCAUUGUCCUCUUCGCUGCCGUCAAAGCUGCUGCGUUUGCAUGCUAAACGCUCGGCGCAGGCGCUGCUGCAUCAGAUGGAAUCGCUAGAUUCGCAGUUUGGUUCCGGAUCCGAGGAUGCACCAAACAGUCCAAGUGCGCCGCCUAUGUCUCCGUCGACGCUGUCGACGCCCAGCGAUGAUAAGCAUCUGGAUGUGGGCAUGGGCUCGUCAAUAGGCGACUCUGAGGAGUCCGAGGAGGAUGAUGAGCUCAAGCCGCUGGCAGUGGACAAUCACAUCAUAAACGAGCCGGAAUUGAGUGAGGGUCAGGCGUCGCCACCAGCUGUGCCGCUUAGCGAGGCCAAUCUAGAGAAGUUUCGCAAGCAUCACAUGGACAACAUCUAUUUGCAUCCCAACUUCAGUUUGGAUGCCUCGCCACCACCCGCCGUGGCGCCAGCUAAUUCGCCUGUAAUGGAAACGCGUCGUGUGCAUCGCUCGUUCCUCAGCCUAAAGAAGCCUGCCGAGGAAGAGCCGCAAGCGCCGCCGCCGCCGCCGCAGACAGCCCACGCGGAGCAGCCAGUGGAGCUGGCCAAUGAAAUAGACACGCUGGAGCCGGCGCUGGUGCCAAGCGAUGAGCUGGCCGCGGAAAUAGCCGAGGCCGUUGAGUUCUAUUUCUCCAACGAGAGCAUUCUCAAGGAUGCCUUUCUGCUCAAGCACGUGCGCCGCAAUAAGGAGGGCUUUGUCAGCCUCAAGCUGGUGUCCAGCUUCAAGCGCGUGCGCCAGCUGACCCGCGAGUGGAAGGUGGUCGGCGAUGCUGUACGCCGCAAAUCGCGCAAGAUCGAGCUGAACGAGCAGGGCACCAAGGUGCGACGUCUGGAACCGUUGCCCAGCUUUGAUGAGACCAUGCCCUCGCGCACUAUUGUGGCCUGCGAUCUGCCGCUGGACAAGCUGAGCAUUGAGAAGGUCUCCGACCUGUUCUCCAAGUGCGGCGAGAUUGCCCUCAUACGCAUACUCAAACCGGGCAUGGCCAUACCCGUGGAUGUACGCCAGUUUAUGAACAAGUAUCCGGAGCUGCAGCAGAAGGAAUGCGCCCUGGUUGAGUAUCUGGAAUCGUCUUCGGCACGCGAUGCACUCCAUCUGGACGGACCGUUCCAGGUGUACGAGAUGGUGGCGCCCAAGAAGAAGACGGGCAAGAAGGCGGCCGUUAUCCAGCUGGCCGCACCCGUUGCUCGCAUGGUGGAGAACUAUCGCUACUACAACGACGCUAAUUGCGAGCGCACGCGUGGCGGCAGCUUUUCCGGCAUGCCCAGCCAUGAGCCGCUGCAUGAUCUGCGCUUCAAGCUGAAGCGCAACAACUCCGACUUCCAGCCGACCUACUAUCACCAGCAGCAGCAGCAGCAGGCAUAUCACCACCAAGCAGCUGCCUAUCAUGGCCAUGGACAUGGCUAUCAGCACUAUCAGCCACGUGGCAGCAUUGGCUUGGAGCAGCAGUCGCAGUCGCCGGGUUUUUUCGGCUAUGUGCCCAGGCGUUACAGCAAUACGUCCACCAUCUCGGCCAAUACGGCGGCUGCCUUGGGCGAGCCCUCAACGCCGCCUUCUGCUGUCGCCGCGAAUAGCAGCAGCAAUGUUAAUCCAAUGCCUGUGGCACCGGUGAGCAGCCUGCAGCGUCGCCUGUCCAACUGCUCAGAGCAGAACUAUGCUCCGGACACAGCGGGUCUCUCCAUGUCGCGUCGCGUGAGCAACUGCUCGGAGACGGGCGCACCGCAGCGUCGCGAUUCCAACUGCUCGGAGAGCUGCCCGUGCUCUAGACGCGUCUCCGACUUUGGCCAGUCGGAGACGUAUCGCAAGAGCUCCGUCUGCUCCAAUGGCAGCUGCCCGGGCAAUGGCGAACGGCGCUACUCUAAUGGCUCCAUGCAGUUCGAGCGCAGCUUCUCCAAUGCCAGUGAAGGCAACGGCUUCUAUCGCCGCCCCUCUAACGACUUUAAUGUGGACCGCGAGCGCGAGCGUGAUCGUGAUCGUGAGCCCGAUCAGCUGGUGGGCGGCGGCGGUGGUGGGUAUCAGGUGUGGCCUCGUCGCUACUCCAACAAUUUCCAGCAGCUGAGCAGCAAGCUGGCGGCCUACGACAAUGCCCAGUACAUUGGCGGGCGUCGCAUCUCCACAGACUCCGGCUACGAUCGCCGCUGCUCCUUUGGCUCCGAGGGCUUUGAAGGAUCGCCGCGUUCCCGCACCGGCAGCUUCCUGAGCAACUACAAGCAUGGCGGCGGCUCCGGCAGCGACUAUGAUGGGCAGCCGCGUUCGCGCACAGGCAGCUUUCUGGAUGGCUCGCCGCGCUCCCGUUCCGGCUCGUUUGCUCAACGCGCCGCCGAGAGUCUGGUCCGCACGCCCAUGGGACCCGAUGGCAGCAAGGGUUUCGGGCAGCGUGCCCGCAAAUUUGGCCAGACCAUAUCGCCCGUCAACUAGGACUGGCUCCAAAGGAAUUGUUAACUAAUUUUAGUGGGUACAUUUUCUUAAUCGAUUUGUUUUUUUUUUUUGUGAAAUUAUUAAUGGCUGUACACUGUGAUGCUGUCCACCUGUCCAACAACCAGAACCAGAACCACAACCAGAACCACGACCAUGCCAACGCCCACGCCCACGCUCCCAAGCCCAGCAUAGGGCGUAAGCAAAGUUUAAGAUACCACAACAAAAAGAACUUAACGAAUUUGUAUAUCAUAAGUUUUAACUAAAUUAAUUCAACCGGGUUGAGAGUAGAAAAUGCGGCAUUUCUCUUGCACUUGUCCCACUGUGCAGCUACUUAUUUUUGAUAUCUAAAACCCUAUAACUUAAUGGAAUGUUUGAGAAGAAGCAGCACUGCCAGUGAUUAGUUUUAGCUUCGAUUUCAGAUGAAGAAAUUUUAAAAUUCACAAAUAUGAAAAACUACUGAGAGUUUCAUAGAAUGAGAAAGUUGUUCAAUACAAUUUUUAAAUGAUAAAAAUAUUUUAAUUUUAGUUACGAUUUUAGGUAUAAGUAUUAUGAAGAAGUUAUACGACAACUAUAAAGUUGAAAAUUUGAGCAAAAAA